UUGGGCCAGAGUGCAGAGCGAAACUCCAAAGAUAGGGAGAGACUCUGCGUCUCGUUAUUUAUUUAACACGUCUCUUUCAAUUGAUACGCAAUACUUACCAGUUUAAACUGCAGGUUUAUUGUUCUAAGACCUUAAAGUACACAACCAUGACGGAGCUGCAGUCUGCGCUGUUACUGAGGAGACAGCUGGCAGAACUGAAUAAAAAUCCAGUGGAAGGAUUCUCAGCAGGUUUAAUAGAUGACAAUGAUCUGUACCGAUGGGAGGUUCUCAUAAUUGGCCCACCCGAUACCCUAUAUGAAGGCGGUGUGUUCAAGGCCCAUCUAACAUUCCCCAAAGAUUAUCCACUUAGGCCUCCAAAAAUGAAAUUUAUUACAGAAAUAUGGCAUCCAAAUGUUGACAAGAAUGGCGAUGUAUGUAUUUCUAUUUUGCAUGAGCCUGGAGAGGAUAAAUAUGGUUAUGAAAAGCCAGAAGAACGCUGGCUUCCUAUUCACACAGUGGAGACGAUCAUGAUUAGUGUCAUUUCAAUGUUAGCAGAUCCCAACGGAGAUUCUCCUGCAAAUGUGGAUGCAGCGAAAGAAUGGAGGGAAGACAGAAAUGGAGAAUUCAAAAGGAAAGUUGCCCGUUGUGUAAGAAAAAGCCAAGAAACUGCCUUUGAGUGACGUUUAUCCAGCGGCUUGUAGCUUCAUAUUUUUUUCAGGGUCUCCAAUUGAGAAACAACAUGGCACUGUUCUCCUGCACUCUACCCACCUUUUGCCGGACUUGUCCUUACUGAGAGUUGGCAGACGCUGACUGGCAAAAGUAGGCUGCAAUACAAUGCAAUGCCAGUCUCCGAUGCUGACAAAAGCCUAGCAAGUGCCAACCUAAAAAGAUGAUUUCGCAAUUUUUUUGAAGUCUAAUGAACUGCUUCAACCUUCAGGAAGAAUUGUAAAGACCUGUACAUAGCACAAACAUGAACCGGAUAAUAUAUAAACUGUUCAUAUUCAUCCAGUGACACAUAUAGUACCAAAUAAAUAGCGCUUCUGUAGUUAGAAUAUGAAAAAUGUAAAUUCUUGAAGAUUUUAGUACCCCUCCCCACUUUCUCCUGUGUACAUUAGUUCUGUUGCAGGUUACUAUAAAAGCAAGCCUUGUAAGAGGAUGGUAGAAUUUCAUUUUAGGAGCCUGUAAUUGGAAAGACUCAUGGGUUCCAAAGGAAUAAUGAAACUGCCUAAAGAUUUUCCCUGCAUAACUUUGAGCUUAAAAUUGCCUUUUUUGAGGGGACAAAACAAAGCUUUAAUUAUGCUGAUCGUCAUUGAUCACUUCUUGCUCCCUCUCCCUUUGGAUGUCCCUUGCUACAAAAAAAAAGCCCAACAUUUUAACUAGAUUUUUUUUUUAAUAACUCAAAAUGAAGGUGCUCAUGCUUAGGCAAAAGGGCGUUCCAGUCAGUUUUUCAGUCAAAUGUGUGGAUUCCGCCUUGUAAGUCAUCAGAAGAGCUCUGAGGUGCGUCUGUGGAUUCCACUCGGAGGUGCUGCAUGUGCAAGGAGAGCUUUGUUUUCCCUGUUUUGCUAUUUUUGCUUUUUUUUUUCAGAAGUGCCUCCUGUUGAACAGCUUGGUGAUUACACUCUGCAUUACACAGAAUUGGAAAUGCAGAAAGCCCAAGAUGACAUUGCUACGCACCUUUUCACAUUUUUUUAAAAAAAAACCUUUGUACCUGGACAAUUAAAACUUGGUGUAGCAAUAUUUUCUUUUUUUUUUUUUGCUUUUCUCCGUGGUUCACCAUUUGCACUUGUUCCAUUGUAAAGGUUAAGGUGAGAUUAGGGGCAUUAUGGGCCCAGCAAACCCCAUAUCCAGUUAAGGAAGCAAAUUAUUUUUACAAGCUUGUUUUUGUCGUGUUCUAGGUAGGGUUAUAAAGCAUGCUUUAACUGUAGGUUUUCAUGUGGGCAGUCUCUGGGUUUGGUAUUCAAAAUGCUGGUGUGUGUGUGUGAGUGUGUAUGUGCGUGCACAUUUAAUUCCCCUUUCCACUUUAAUUUCUUUUAUUUUAUUCUGGCUCUGAUGGACUACUGCAGUUUUCUUGCCUAAUGUACAAAGACAAAAUACUGAUGUAUAUUUUUCAUGUAAUGGAAAUUGUCACCUUCUGUAGUGUUCUUCCAAAAUAUAAUUUUUUUCCAGUAAUUGUUUUGUGUACUCUCUUGCCCUGAUCAUUAAAACAAAUUAGCCUUAAUCUUUAGGAAACUGUGACUGUAAUGGUUCAACUUGCACAUCUGUAAUAUUAUUGGGAGACAAAACAGCAUUGUUGGAUUUUUUAUUUACAAUUUUAUGGCAGCUGAAGCUAAUUCUGAGCAUGAUAAAGCCAUGGUAUGUGUAGUCAUUGAUGCCCAGUUCUCUGACAAAUACCAAGAAGGAAAAGUGUCAAAACCAUCAUGGAGAAUUCUUAGGUAAAACUGAUUUUACUCUUAAUCGGGUUCCUGUUCUCAGUUUCCACUGUGCCAUUCUACACCUGCAUUUACAGUUCUUCAUGCACCACAGUGGCAUUAAGGAUCAUGGCAGAGAACAGAUAAGUGUUAGUAUUCUCAUGCUAUAUGAUUAUGUAUUCUUGUAAACUACAGUUAUUGGUAAUGCAUUCAUACCUCAAAGGAUUCCUUCACCAUUGUGUUUUUUUUUUAAUUCAGUAGUGUGCAAUAUGUUCUUGAAAUGCUGCACAACAGGAUAGCCUGAUCACUUAUUUAACUUUUUAUUUAUUUGCAAUAAAUUCAGUUCCUAA